CGGCCCAUGGGCUAUUUCGAGCUGCAGCUGAGCGCGCUGCGGAACGUGAACGGGGAGCUGCUGAGCGGCGCCUGCUGUGACGGCGACGGCCGGACGACGCGCGCGGGGAGCUGCGGCCACGACGAGUGCGACACGUACGUGCGCGUGUGCCUGAAGGAGUACCAGGCCAAGGUGACGCCCACGGGGCCCUGCAGCUACGGCCACGGCGCCACGCCCGUGCUAGGCGGCAAUUCCUUCUACCUGUCGCCCGCGGGGGACCGGGCGCGGACGCGAGCGCGGGCCGGCAGCGAUCACGACCCGGGCCUCGUUGUCAUCCCUUUCCAGUUCGCCUGGCCGCGUUCGUUCACUCUUAUCGUGGAGGCCUGGGACUGGGACAAUGACACCAACCCAGAUGAGGAGCUGCUGAUAGAGCGGGUGUCACACGCGGGCAUGAUCAACCCUGCGGACCGCUGGAAGAGCUUGCACUUCAGUGGCCACGUGGCCCACCUGGAGCUGCAGAUUCGUGUACGCUGUGACGAAAACUACUACAGUGCCACCUGCAACAAGUUCUGCCGGCCGCGCAACGACUUCUUCGGCCAUUACACCUGUGACCAGUAUGGCAACAAGGCCUGCAUGGACGGCUGGAUGGGCAAAGAGUGCAAGGAAGCUGUGUGCAAACAAGGGUGUAACCUGCUGCAUGGGGGCUGCAGCCAGCCGGGCGAGUGCAGGUGCAAAUACGGCUGGCAGGGGAGGUUCUGUGAUGAGUGUGUACCGUACCCUGGCUGUGUGCACGGCAGCUGCGUGGAGCCCUGGCAGUGCACCUGCGAGAUCAACUGGGGUGGCCUGCUCUGUGACAAAGACCUCAACUACUGCGGCAGCCAUCACCCCUGCACCAAUGGAGGUACCUGCAUCAAUGCAGAGCCGGACCAAUACCACUGCGCCUGCCCGGACGGCUACUCUGGGAAGAACUGCGAGCGGGCUGCGCAUGCCUGCGCCUCCAAUCCCUGUGCCAAUGGAGGUUCCUGCCAUGAAGUGCCGUCCGGCUUCGAGUGUCACUGCCCCUCAGGCUGGAGUGGGCCCACCUGUGCACUCGACAUUGACGAGUGCGCCUCCAACCCGUGUGCAGCAGGCGGCACCUGCGUGGAUCAGGUGGACGGCUUCGAGUGCAUUUGUCCUGAGCAGUGGGUGGGGGCUACGUGUCAGCUGGACGCCAAUGAGUGUGAAGGGAAGCCGUGCCUAAACGCUUUCUCUUGCAAAAACCUGAUUGGUGGCUAUUACUGUGCUUGCCUCCCGGGCUGGAAGGGCGCCAACUGCCAUAUCAACAUCAACGACUGUCACGGCCAGUGUCAGCACGGUGGGACGUGCAAGGACCUGGUGAGGGGAUACGAGUGCAUGUGUCCCCGGGGCUUCAGAGGCCGACACUGUGAGCUGGAGCAGGACGAGUGUGCCAGUGGACCAUGCCGUGGUGGUGGGCUGUGUGAAGACCUGGUGGAUGGCUUCCGCUGCCACUGCCCUAAAGGCCUGUCUGGGCCGAUCUGUGAGGUGGAAGUCAAGCCUUGCGAGCCCAGCCCUUGCCAGAAUGGCGCCCACUGCUACAGCCUGGAGGACGACUACUACUGUGCCUGUCCUGAUGACUUUGGUGGCAAGAACUGCUCUGUCUCCAGGGAGCCGUGCCUUGGUGGGGCCUGCCGAGUUUUCGACAGCUGUGGGUUUGAGGCGGGACCCCAGGUGCCUGGUGCUGUGACCUCGGGUGUGUGUGGCCCCCAUGGCCACUGUGUAAGCCAACCUGGUGGCAACUUCUCCUGCCUGUGUGACAGCGGCUUCACGGGCACUUACUGCCAUGAGAACAUCGAUGAUUGCUUGGGCCGGCCGUGCAGAAAUGGGGGCACGUGCAUUGACGAGGUGGACACCUUCCGCUGCUUCUGCCCUAGUGGCUGGGAGGGCGAGCUCUGUGAUAUCAAUCUCAACGACUGCCUUCCUGACCCCUGCCACAGCCGCGGUCGCUGCUAUGACCUGGUCAACGACUUCUACUGUGCCUGUGACGAUGGCUGGAAGGGCAAGACUUGCCACUCACGUGAGUUCCAGUGUGACGCCUACACGUGCAGCAACGGGGGCACGUGCUAUGACAGUGGUGACACUUUCCGCUGUGCCUGUCCCCCUGGCUGGAAGGGCAGCACCUGCAACAUUGCUGAGAACAGCAGCUGUCUUCCCAACCCCUGUGUCAACGGAGGCACGUGCGUGGGCAGCGGAGACUCCUUCUCCUGCAUCUGCAGAGACGGCUGGGAGGGCCGCACCUGCACGCACAACACCAACGACUGCAACCCACUGCCCUGCUACAAUGGUGGCGUCUGCGUGGACGGUGUCAACUGGUUCCGCUGUGAAUGCGCACCCGGCUUCGCGGGCCCCGACUGUCGUAUCAAUAUCGAUGAGUGCCAGUCCUCCCCCUGUGCCUAUGGGGCCACCUGUGUGGAUGAGAUCAAUGGCUACCGCUGUAGCUGCCCUCCUGGGCGGGCUGGGCCUCGCUGCCAGGAAGUGAUCGGAUUCGGGAGGUCAUGCUGGUCCCGGGGUGCUCCCUUCCCUCAUGGGAGCAACUGGGUGGAGGAGUGUAACAGCUGCCGAUGCCUGGAUGGCCACCGGGAUUGCAGCAAGGUGUGGUGUGGACGAAAGCCCUGUCUGUUGGCUGGCCGGCUGAAUGCUUUGAGUGCCCAGUGCCCGCCUGGGCAGCGGUGCCAGGAGAAGGCCCCCAGCCAGUGCCUGCAGCCGCCAUGUGCAGCCUGGGGGGAGUGUACCACCGAAGAGCCCUUCCUGCCCAGCACGCCCUGCCUGCCACGCUCUGGCCACCUGGACAGCAACUGUGCUCGCCUCACACUGCACUUUGACCGUGACCAGGUGCCCCAGGGCACUACUGUGGCUGCUAUCUGUGCUGGGAUCCGCUCCCUGCCUACCACCAGAGCUGUGGCCCGGGACCGUCUGCUCGUGCUGCUGUGUGACCGGGCUUCCUCGGGGGUCAGUGCUGUGGAGGUGGCCGUGUCCUUCAGCCCAGCCCGGGAGCCGGCUGACGGCAGCCUGGUCCAGAGUGCUGCCCACGCCAUUGUGGCGGCCAUCACUCGGCGGGAGAACAGCACCCUGCUGCUGCUGGCCGUCACGGAGGUCAAAGUAGAGACCGCCGUGGUGGGCGGAUCCUCCACAGGCCUGCUGGUGCCCGUGUUGUGUGGCGUCUUCAGUGCACUGUGGCUGGCCUGCAUCGCCGUCUGUGUGUGGUGGACACGCAAGCGCAGAAAAGAGAGGGAGAGGAGUCGACUGCCGCGUGAGGAGGGCCCCAACAACCAGUGGGCCCCCCUCAACCCCAUUCGCAACCCCAUCGAGCGGCCGUGCACUGGGGGCUUGGGCGGUGGCCCCAAGGACACGCUGUACCCUUGCAAGAACUUCACGCCGCCCCCACGUCGGGUGGGAGAGGUGCUGCCCGGGCCGGCCGGCCACGGGGCCAGCGAGGACGAGGAGGACGAGGACCUGGGCCACCCUGAGGAGGACUCUCUGGAGGCAGAGAAGUUCCUCUCACACAAAAGCACCAAAGACCUGGGCCGGCCGGUCCCCUGGGCCUCGGGGCCCAAGGUGGACAACCGCGCGGUCAGGAGUGUCAAUGACACUCGCUUCGCCAGCACGGAGUAG